AUGAUUACCUUAUGGACUAUACUGUUAUUGAUAGUUUUAACAUUGUUUUGGUUUAAAGAUCCAAUUCUUGAUUCUCAAAGAGACUUGAGUAGAGUUGCUUUGUCACAGCAAGCUAACGUCACGGUGGUUAGAAAGUCCAAUGAAACUGCUUUAUAUAGAAAUUUUAUGAUUCCUUUACAAUUUGCUUUAAAUACUGGGUUAGCUUUGUCUAUUGGUUAUAAAAUUAGAAAUGGUAAUUUCGGUGAUAUUUGGAAUGCCAUUAUGGACAUAACUAAAAGUAAAAAAUCAUUUAUAUCAUUUAAUAAUAAACAAUAUUCUUUACCAGAUAUUAAUGGCAUGUGUUUUCAAUUUAUAAAACAUCUGGACCUGAUCUGUAAUAAUAUUAACAUCAAUACAAAUAAUGACAAAAGCAUAAAACAGGAAAAUAAUGCAGAAGAGAAACCACAAAAAUCAACUAUUGUUGUGGGUAUUACUGUUCCAGCGACAUCUUUACCUGGGUUUAUUAUCUCCGUGUCAUGUAUGAUAAAAAGUAUUUUAUGUAAAAAGGAUGAUGUUAUGAUUAUACCUCAAUUAGUCACAAUGGUUCCAAGAUCAAAACAAUUCAAUAAUAUUGAUAUUCUAGUAAUUAAUUCAGAAAAAGAUUUACAAAUGCUAAACGAUUCAAAAGAUUGGUAUUCAAAGAUUAUCGUUUGUGAUGAUACAAUAGUAUUAAAUAAGGAUGCUAUCAAUGAUUCGAAUGUUGCCCUUUGGAAGGAUAUGAUUCGUAAUUAUUCUCCGGUAGAGGCCUUUGAAUAUACACCUCCAUUGGAUAAUUCAGAUGAAUUGAAACCAUUUAUUAAUAUCUCUUCCAAAUAUUCAAAUGGUAUUACCUGUUUUAACCAAUUGAAUCUGGUUAGUAGUCUUUCCACUUUUAUUAAGUCAUUCCCUUUGAAUCAUGAAUUGAAUUCAGAUGAUGUUUUAACUAUAAUUAACAAUCCGAAUGAUUUAGAGUUUCAAUUGCAAAUGUGGACUAAAGUUUUUGCUGUAUUGAUCCAUGGGGGUUCAAUAAUAAUGGAAAAUUUAGAUUCUUCUCUUUCGUCUUCGUCUUCUUCUUCUUCUUCUUCCUCGUUUACUAUGAAUAGCAUCGAUCAAAGAUCAACUUUGCUGUUUAUCGAUGCUAAUAAGUUUAAAGAAAUGUAUGAAAAAGAUGUGUUCUUUUCAAAAAGAUUAGACUGGCUUCAAUCAAUUAAAUUUACUCUGGCAAAGCUAUUAUUAAAAUCAGGGAUUUUACCAAACAUGUUUAAAUCAAACAUUAAAUCUCUAAGAUGUGUUUAUUUACACUAUUCAAUGAAAAAACAAGACCAGAUAUCUAAAUUUGAUUUUAAUGCUAUACCUCAAAAAUAUAAGAGUGGUCAAUUCGAUGAUCCAUUGACAAUCGAAGAUAUUAAUAAGUGUCGUAUCUUAUUAGGUUCACGUAUAAGUGUAGAGUUAUAUUGUGACACUUUGGUAAUGGGGCCUAUUUCACAGACAAAUUUUUAUGAUUACAGAUCAUUACCAAAAUCUACUGAAAGACAAGUUACAUGUUUUGGUGCUAUAUCUUUGAGUCUGGAAGGAAAAUUUAUCGAAACUGAAUCAAACCCACAAUUUGAUAUUACUAAAAGACAAGGGAUGUUAUGUGUACGCGGGUUCACAAUUGGAAAACCUUUAGAGAUGGAGAGAAUCGAAUCUGCUACAAAAUUGAGUGAAAAUAUGGCACAUGGUGAAGGUUGGAUGCCACUAAUUGGAGUUUACGGGUUAUGGGGACAUGAUGGCUGUCUUUAUUUAUUUAAAUGA